AGGCGAGAAUGCUCCAGCUCCAGACAGAGUCUGAUUGGCUGGAGAAGGCUAACUCCAUUUUGGAAACAGCUGUUUUCCCUUCAUUGUUUCCCGACGUUGUUAAGAGUACAUUUCUCCCCCUCGCUGGCAGAGACUUUUAAUAACCAACAGAAAAACACCGUUAAAUUGCGCAUUGGUUUCAUGCAGGUUAUCGGUUUUGAGUCGAGAAACUUAAUUGGUGUUUUAUACGUUGACAUUCAAUUGUAACAAGUGGAUACGAGAGGAGAGCGAUCCAAGGUGUGAUGAGAGCUCUGGUCAUGGGGAGAUGAUGGACGUGGAGACGUCGUACUCGGACUUCAUCAGCUGUGAUCGCACCGGCCGCAGGAAUGCAGUACCUGACAUCGCCGGACAGGAGGCUGGAGUGAGCGCCACGGAACUAACCAAAGACAUGGCAGAGAUGGACCUGAAGGCUGGUGCAGAGGGGCAGCCUGGGCCCUCCCCACCCCCAGAGGGAGAGAGCUCUGCCAGCCAAGACGCCCAGGGGAACGGGGACCUGUCCUAAACCCUCGGCACGGAGGAGGGGGAGAUGGGGGGGGAGAGAGAGAGAGAGGAGAGGAUCUUUGUGUUGAAUUAUACGGACGCCUUCUCCUCUCCCAGCCCAUUCUGAGCCAGAAGCCAGGCCCUCCCCUCACUGUGGUCCAGCCAGCGUCCUGCUGACGGCACACAUGCAUGCCUCUCUUUAACCAGAUACACGGGGGACUAAAGAUGACGGAACUCUAGCGGAACUGAUUGCGGAAGAGGUGCCGUUACUGCUGCGGUGCGGUUAUGGAUGGAAGGAUAGAUUGUUUUCUCCCAAUACUCUGUGAGAAAGCACAGAUCUCCAGAUUCAUGUCACUGGAGAUGAACUGAUUGAAUACAACACAUUUAGACCAUGUUGUGGCAUCUCGUCCCAUAUCUAAUAUAGACCGCCAUAACGAGGAGCUGUACUGAAUGCAUAAUCCUUUUUGUUUGUCCUUUCUUUUGAGCAUGGUGACCUGCUCAUCAUUUAUCGUUUCCUCUUGACCUUUUCCUUUACAGUAACAUGUAGUUAGCAGGUAUAAUGUACUGUAGGGAGAUCAUUUAUUUAAAGUGCAAAACCUUUGUAUAAGGAACUUCUUUGUGUAAUAAAACACACGAAUCUAUUACAACCGUUGUGUUUUUGCCACAUGAUAUGCAAGUGCUCAGUUAAAUCAGUCAACCACUGAGAUCAAUCAAAUACAGAGAUGUGUUUAUUGGCUUGAAAAUACAAAAUGGAAACGUGAAAAGGGGUUGCAGACUGAUGUAACUGUCCAGACAGUCAUGACCAAUAGAGGUAUAAAGUUGAGUGCUAGCAGUACCAUAAAUAUUAUUGAAUGUAGCCUGUGUGUACAUUUGACUGGUCACAGGAAGUCACUGUUUACAUUUAGACCCAGAGCGGUCUUGGGUUCCCAUUAACAGGAUGAGGAGGAGAAUAGUAGGCAUAUUGUUUAGCAAAACUGCGUUCAAUUUAACUAAUGCUUUAAGUGCCAGCCCAUCGCCUGUUUGUGUGCUUAACAUAAAACCUAAUGAGGUUCAUCAUGUUUAAGCCGUUUCCCCGGCAUUUAAGAAGAAAAGGAAAAUGGUUAAAGAUGCAAAAGUAUUUUAUUGUUUUGAUUUUCUUAUGUGCCAUUCUCUCCAUGUCACAAAAGGAGUACACAAGUAUGGUUUUCUGUUAGUAAAAUGCAAAAUGAGAAAGAAUAUAAAAUCACAAUUCGGAUAGUACUGAUUACAUUUGAGAUCCUCUUUAGAAUAAAAUAUCUUGGACAUUGUCAUUCUAAACUGUGGGACUGCUUCAGUAGGCAUCACUGUUAACAUGACAGUAGUGCGCCACCUACUGUUCACGGUACUACAUUUGGUAUAGUGCUGUUUCACCUGAUCCAUCCCCCAUUUCAGAUGUAAACAAUUUGUCUUUCCUCCUGGAGACAACAAGAACUGGGGAUUAAAUGAUAGGUUCAUAGAUACAGAUAACCUGUUAAAUUCCAGUGCCUAUAAUCCCUAUGAAUAUAAUAUAAUACAUUUCUUGCAUCA